UUUCUAAAAAAAAACGGAAAAGAGAAAAGGAAAGCUAAAAAAAGAAAGACUGGGAGAGGAGAGAGAGAGAGAGUGUACGGGUAGUCUUAAGAAGAAGAAGAAGAAAGAGAGAGCUUUGAAUCAGUCACUGUCUGUCUCUCUCUCUCUCUCUUGUUUUCUUUAUCUCUCUCUAGAAUUGGAGUUGGAAUUGGAAUUGGGGGGUUGCUUUUUUGCUUUCGGUCUUUGACAUUUCUCAAUUUACUCUCUCUUGUUUGUGUAGAAGGUUAGGUGUGUGUGAGUGAGAGAGAGAGAGAGAGAGAGCGUUUUACUGUACAGAAAAACCCUAGAAAAAAAAGAGGGAGGGGGGUUUCAGAUGGACAUGUAUGGACGCAAUCCUACGGCGAUGAAUGGCUCACAUGCUUCUGCUCCCCAGUGGACCGGACCAGGAGACGCCGCCGGACUUCAAGCAGAAUCAUCGAUGUGGGGAGGAUUAGGGUUAGGUAAAAGUGAAACGUACCCAGAGAGAGCAGGUGCUCCUGACUGUGCCUACUACAUGCGUACUGGUGUCUGUGGUUACGCCUCUAGAUGCCGUUUCAAUCAUCCUCCUGAUCGUGCCACGGUUGAAGCAACUGUUAGAGCCACAGGACAGUAUCCCGAACGCCUUGGUGCUCUCCCUUGUCAAUUUUAUUUGAAAACUGGAACCUGCAAAUUUGGGGCUUCAUGCAAAUUCAACCAUCCAAGGAAUGCAGGUGGAUCCGUGACCCACGUUCCUCUCAAUAUCUAUGGCUACCCUGUUCGUCAGGGUGUAAACGAGUGCUCUUACUUUUUGAAAACGGGGCAAUGCAAAUUUGGUAUUACCUGUAAAUUCCAUCACCCCCAGCCUGCUGCUGCUGCUGCUGCUGCUGCUACUGCAACUCUCCCACCUCCAGCUUCUGCACCUCAGUUUUAUCCAUCGGUGCAGCAACAUCAUUCCCUUAUGCCUUCACCUCCUUCCUCUAGCUUGAGACCUCUUCUUCCCGGUUCUUUUAUGCAAGGCCCUUAUGCUCCAAUGCUCUUAACCCCCCCUGGGGUCCUUCCUAUUCAAGCCUGGAGUCAUUACUCGGCACCUGUCAGCCCUGCUCUAUCUCCUGGUGCUGCUCAGCAAGCCACUUCUUUGUAUGGAGUUACACAGCUCUCUUCCACCACUCCCGGGGUCUAUCCAUCUGGUGGUCUUUUUCAGAAGGAAGAGAGCUUCCCAGAGAGACCCGGUGAGCCAGAGUGCCAGUACUAUUUGAAAACAGGAGAUUGUAAGUUUGGUACAUCUUGCAAGUUUCAUCAUCCUCGACUUCGUGUUCCACCUACACCUAAUUGCGUCCUCAGCUCCAUUGGUCUUCCUCUACGUCCGGGUGUGCAAUGUUGCACUUUCUACGUACAAAACGGCUUCUGUAAGUUUGGAUCAACAUGUAAAUUUGAUCAUCCUGUGGGAGUCAUCAGAUACAAUCCUUCUGCAUCCUCCCUCGCUGAUGCACCCGUGGCUCCUUUCCCUCUCUUGCCCUCUUCUUCUUCGUCUGCUGCUGAGCUCAUUUCAGGGGAUGAUCCUUACUUGUCAACCUCAAGAAGCGCAUCUAACAACAUCUCAGCUGGUUUGAUAUUCUCCCAGAGUGGCGUCUCAGUUCCAUUCAAUGACCUCCAGCUCUCCACCCAGACCUCUCUUUCCCUAACCGGUAGCAGAAUCACAAGACAAGGCCGAGAAAUCCGUCGAUCCUUUUGAACAAAAAAGGGCUAAGCAUACGCAGGCCUCAGGAUCAUUCUUAAUAUUAUAUCAUAUAUAUAUAUAUAUAGAAGCAUGUGAUGUGAGAUAUUAUGAUCUCCCUACCCUAAACCUUACCUAAAAAAGAACAAGUCUAGUUGAGUAGAAGAACCGAUUGAGACACAUAUAUCUAAGAGGAAACGUAUAUGUGCAUAUAUAUCAAAAAAAAACAAGAAAAGGCCUUUUCUUUCUUAUGUGUUGUGUGUGUGUGUGUGUGUGUGUGUGUGUAAGGUUUGUAUAGUGAGGUUUCUUUAUAUUGUUCGUGCUUCUACUUCAGACCCAUUGCGGCUGAAAGAAAACGCAAGAAAAAAAAAAGGAAUGAACUCAAACGCUCUUCUUCUUUCUUUUAGAA